CUGCAUUGACACGCUGCAGCUGAGUGCAGUUGGGCGUGUAGAAAACCACAAACAAACAAACGCAACCCGACCGACGACACCCAUCACACCAACACACCCGCAAAACGAACGCUCGCUCAAUUACCAAAACCCUCGUGGCUGGCGGGCGGGUUGAAAAUUUCGUCGGGUGGUUUUUAUCGCUGCAUGUGUGUGCGACUGGCCGUGGUGCAUCGCUCUCGUAAAAUGUUGCACCCAGAUGUUACAACUACAGGCUCCGACCGAUCGUGAGAGGUGACGUCUUUCGGUUGAGCAGACGAUGACACUAGACGUGCCAUGGAGAGUGCUGACACUGCAGUCCGUCCCCGUAGGCCGUAUCUAGCAGCUCGGCUUAGAUGGUCUAAAUAGAAAAGAAUAAUAAUUGUGAUAAGGUGACGAAACGGUGUGAUAUCAGCCCUGCUAAUGUGAGUGAUACGAUGUGGUGCUGCUGUUGAAGGCAAAGUUUGGACGCGUGGUUUUCGUUUUCACUCGCGACUGGCAGCUAGACCGAGACACCGUAACCUCGGUCGGGGACAGUGAAAAAGAGUGUACAACCUACGGCAACAAGAUGACAUCGGAUGCGAGUGAAGCUGCCGGAUCGGAUGCUGCGUUCGAUCGCAUCAUGGAAUCUAUCGGCAACGAUGGUCCGUUUCAGCGGCGGUACAAUCUCAUCUUCAACGUGAUCGCCGUACUGUUCUUUGCGAUGUGUGUGGUGAAUGUGUUGCUGGUGCUGGCCGUGCCGGAUCAUCGGUGUGCCAUACCGGCCAACGGAACGCACAACGAAACGUACGACGAGCGAUGGAAGGAGGCCGUUUAUCCCAUGGAGUUCAACAGUCGCGGUGAAUAUGUGCCCAGUUCCUGUCUCAUGUACAAUUUGUCCUACGACGAUGGAACCGAUUACACCGCACCAACAAACGACACAGCUACAGUGUCCUGCCUGUAUGGAUAUGACUACGAUCGGACGUAUUACGAUCGAACUCCAGUUACGGAACAGGAUUGGGUUUGCGACCGGGAACUCUACGGCACGAACGUGUUCGCGAUCGUACGCGUUUCGGAAGUAUGUGGGACAUUUAUUCUAGGUCAGCUAGGUGAUCGGAUCGGUCGACUGCCGGUGUAUCUGUUCAGCAUCGUAACGGCAGCCGUUGGACGAGUGUUUGCCAUACUCUCCGCCCGCCAUUACUGGCUAUUUGCGGUGCUUGCCUUCAUCGGUAGCUUCUCCACGAACACCUCCUUCCAAUCGCCCCUCAUCAUAGCGAUGGAGAUCUCCAAGGAUGCUAACCGUGCCGCACUUUCUCUCUGGCAACUGGUCGGCUGGACGGCAGGCGUUUGCCUAGCGCCGCUCAUCCUCUGGUGGAUGCGCGAUUGGACCUGGUUCAUGAUCGUCACCUCACUGCCCUGUCUGAUCUUUUACUGUUUCCCCCGGUACGCGAUCGAAUCACCCCGAUGGCUAGCGAGUCAAGGCCGGUACGGUGCAUGUUUGGCUCAGCUCCGAAAAAUCGCCACCAUCAACGGACAACCGUUCGAACUGACCGAGGAACAGCUUAAGCAGCUCGUGCCUCGUCCAGAGCACGAAAAAACGUACGGCAUUGCGUCCCUGUUCAGUGGAUGGCACAUGAGCAAGCUGACCUGUCUGCUACUGCUCAGCUGGAUCUGUAACACCAUCCCAACGUUCACCCUGUUCCUGCUCAGCCUUCAGAUGGGUGGCAAUCCGUUCCUGAACAACUUCUGGCAAGGUGCGGUCGAACUACCCGCCUACCUACUCGGCCAACUGUGCUGCGAUCGACUCGGCAGACGGUUUACCAAUAGUGGCGCUUUUCUGGCCGCAACCAUCGCCUGCCUACCGGUCGUGCUACUAAUCCACCGGCCCGGAACCGAGCUCUAUGUGACGAUGCUCGCGAUUGUGGUGAAGUUUUUCGUCUGCAUCACCUACUUCGCACUGUACCUUCAGUCGGUCGAGCUGUACCCGACGUCCCUACGGCAAACGGGCACCUCGUUCGGUAUCAUCGUGUCGAACGUGUUCGGUGCCGUUGGACCGUACAUCGUCUAUCUCGGCACUAGCCGCGACCUACGAUUGCCGUUCGUAGCGAUGGGAUUGAUUAUGUUGGUCGGGGCAGCCAGCGCCAUCUUUCUGCCCGAAACGCUCCAUCAAAAGCUGCCCGAAACGAUGGACGAGGGUCGUCAGUUUGGACGUGAUCAACGGUUCUGGUCAAUUCCGAAGCGUCCAGAACCACCGGCCGACAACCGGCCAGUCAACGAAACGGAACUGCACGAGCUACAAAAACUACACAAACCCGACUCGUAAUGUCCCUUGCCGGCGCGUCGAGGUCCGUUCGUACUCCAGCAGUACAAAAACCAAAGAUGAAGUCCGAUGGUAAGCGUCACGUGCGCUUGCCGGGGUUUUCCGUCCGCGCAAAGAUGAUGCGGUCGGAACAAAAUUUGCGCGAAAUAUUUUAUUGUUACCGUUGCGCUUUUUUUUUAUAAUCAGCUCCCGUCAACUCCCACCGGAACCAUGGAACCACAGGAAUGGAAAAUUGUGUUCUCGUGUUCGUGGGUAACAACAGCAACGAGUAGAAAAAAACAACAAGCCGGGAACUGCAACUGUGAAAAGUGAAAAAAUUAAAAUACUUUCCGCACGUUGUUGUAGCCCGGACCGACAACAGCCACACACACACACAUCGGACAGCGUUGUACGGUGAAUGAAGACGCUUGGAAUGCUUUUCAAGUUUUCCCCUAGCUGAGUGAACUGAAAGUUCCAACGCGUUGCAAGCGGCCAUAGGGAGUGAUCCAGCAGCAUCAACCAAAAAGAAAACAACAGCACAGCAACAUAACAACAGACUUUGAAUAAUUUACAUUCCACACGAGCGACCAAACCGAACCGAACCACUCGGUCGCUCGGUCGCGGAAAAACGCCGGAGCUCCGGCACAAGCACGGGAUUUAGAAGAACCCUGAGCUUCAUAUCCACAGGACUCGUGGACAGGAACUGGUUUUUGCUGUUACAAAACGUUGGCAACAACUGGGGAGAUCCGCACUUCCUCCAGAGACGAGAGAGAACGUGAGGAGAAAGGCUUUCAGCAGCAGCAGCAGCAGCAACACCACAAAACAUACGACAAACCGCGUAGUGUGAUGUGGUUGCAAUACCGGCCAGAUGGAAAAUAAAUAACGCCAAGCAUAAAAGUCCAACGGACAGCCAAAGCUGAUGUUUUGUUGCCACUUACGCUACACCAAGGUACGAUGCUGCAUCCAGAAUCCGUAUGGAAACUAGUGGCGUCUUAAGCAAGUGCUUGAUCGUACCUUGGAAGAAGGUUCCACAUGAUCGCUUGGCUGCACACGACACGAGUGCAUGCGUUGAAGUUGAAACACUAUUUUACCUCUGUUAGACAGUAUUACUCGUACGAAUAGCACUAAUAAAUUAUAUCAGCUGUACUGCUCAGCACAGUUUGUUAAACU